AUGACCGCCAAUAUCGAAGCCAAAACGAUGGAAAUACCGAUAACGAUGCCAGGCCCCAGUGCCUAUAUGAUGCCAGGCCACAGUGCCUAUAUGAUGCCAGGCCACAGUGCCUAUAUGAUGCCAGGCCACAGUGCCUAUAUGAUGCCAGGCCUCAGUGCCUAUAUGAUGCCAGGCCCCAGUGCCUACGAUGCCAGGCCCCAGUGCCUAUAUGAUGCCAGGCCCCAGUGCCUACGAUGCCAGGCCCCAGUGCCUAUAUGAUGCCGGGCCACCGAUUGCCCAUAUGAUGACCUAUGCCGAUGACCUAUGCCGAUGACCUAUGCCGAUGGCCUAUGCCGAUGACCUAUGCCUAU